AUGUUCCUCGUCCUCUCCACUCUCCUCGUUCCCACAUCAGCCUCAGUGAUUAGCCGAAGCACCCCACCAAAUACAGAGGAACUGUCUGACCCCCAUGUCAUUCUCGACCACUCCGGGAACGGAACGGUCGUCUACAGCGCGUCGACCGGCGACGAAAUCAUCCAGGGCGGAGCUACCGACGGGGGUGGCAUAGGCGGAUGGGACACGCCCGCCAUCAUCUGGGUCGUCUUCUGCUUUGUCGUCGGCGCCCCAAUGCUGCUCGCGGGCUUCAGGGGCAGGCGGCUGAGCUGCGGUGCCGCGCUCGGCUUGGCCGUGGACAUCGCCGCCUGGGCGGCCGUCGUCAAUUGCAUUUCCGAUGGCGGCGUAUCGGACACCGUCAUUGUCGUGUUCGUCGUCCUGCUCUUUGCCGUCGCGUUCUUUGUUGGCCUGCCCAGCAUCUUCUUGCCUUUCGCGCCGUUCCUGCUCGCGCUCGAGGGCGGUGCGUCCAUCGGCCUUCGGGUUGUUCUGCUGCGCGACGAUUUGCUCGCGCAGGGCCAGAAUGCGUACGCGGCGAAUUGGGUGAUCAUCGCUCUCUGCGGAGUGCUGAGUGUUCUUUGCCUUUCGUGGAAAAGCCGAGCGACUACCCUCUUCGCCUGCGCAUCGAUAGGCAGCUUUCUCGUCGGACUCGGGAUUGAUCUGGUGGUGAACCAGCAAAAUGGGUUGAGCCGUGGCCUCCGCUAUCUCAUGGACCGAAACGCGUCGCAUGUCAUGGUAUUUUGGCAGGCUCUGCUGAGCGGAUAUCACCCACCGGCAACCACGGUCGCCCUGAUCGUCGUAUCUCUUGCCGUCAUACCUCUAUUUGCAUACGCGCAGCACCGACUCUUCCCCGUUCCCUUCGUCCCCGAAAAGCCACGCCGCGAUACAGAGUCCGUCUGCACGAUGGAGACGAAGGAAGACGGCUCCGAGGAGCAGUCGAGCGCGUCUUCUGCGUCGACGCGUCAUCCGCCCGCCUACCUCAACGAGGCCGCCCCUCGGUACAGUAACACGACACGCCGGAGCUCCAUGCCUGGCUCGCUGUCCAAGGUCGACGAAGCGGGCGAGGAGGAGCCCCCGCUACCUCGCAAAGGACCCGCCGUCACGGUGGAAGCGGUAGAGGUCGAACAGGACAUUACCUCGGAGGAAUCUUGGCCCAAACCCCCUGGUCAUCCCGUCGCCGCUCCAGCCAUGACAGAAAGCCCGUAUAGACCUUCUUCGGAGGGAGCAUUCAUGGCUCUAUAG